UGUGGUGCCCACCAAAAUGGCGAAGAGAGGCGCGGAUAAAGAGCUUACUCAAGAUAACUGGGACCAAGAAGAGGAUGAAGAAGAAGUUGGUCAUUUCAAAGUUGCAACUUCUGAGGAUUUGAGCAAAAGAAAAAUAAUCAAGGCUAAACGACGUGUGAACACCACAGAUAGUCAGGGUGGAGGGGUUUUCCAAGGAUUCUCUGGUUUUGGCAGUUUAAAUAACAAUGCUACAGCUUUUGGAACAAGCACACCCUCCACCAAACCGCUGGCAGGAUUCUUCAGUCUGGCAUCAGGUCCCAAAAACAUGUUCAAUGGUUUAAACAAGCCAACAACUGAAGCUUCAUCCAGCAAUGAAAAUGGCUUCAAAUCUAAUUCAUCCAAGGAGUCAAAAGCUCAGGGGAGCUCUUAUGAGGAUAAUCUUAAGGCCCUCAAUGAAAGCGUUGUCGCCUGGAUUCAAAAGCACAUUACCACAAAUCCUUAUGUUGAUUUAUCUCCAAUUUUUGAUGAUUAUAAGCAACACAUGAAGAACAUUGACUCAAAGUUUUCAAAUUCAACAACAGCUGUGGCAAAUUCAUCAUCAACUAAAUCAGUGACAUUCAGCACAUCCUCUCAACCUGCAACAAGUUCAUUUUCAUUAUUUAGUACUCCUCCCUCCCAAACAUCACUGGAAACACAAGAAGACAAUGUAAAGCCUUUAAAUACAGAAGCUCCAAGCUCAGAGACAAGUGGUGCAGAGAGUCAGCCUGGAACAUCAGGAGAAGAAAAUGCUGAGGAGGAAGUUCCUAAACCAAAAAGUGUUGUGGUGGCUGAAGAAGGAGCUUUUCAUUCCAUCAGGUGCAAACUAUUUUUUAAGCGUGGAUCAUCUUGGGUUGAACUGGGAAUUGGAAUGCUGAACUUGAAGAAACUUGAAGGAAAAACUCAAGUGCUGGUGCGGAAUGAUACAGCUCUUGGGAAAAUUGUGUUGAACGUCUAUCUGGCAGAAAACACACCCAUUACUAGAUCAGGAAAGAACAAUCUAAUGUUAUUAUCAGUUCCAAAUCCUCCACUCUUCUCUAAGCCUGCUGAAGGAGACAACAGCAAACCAGCAACAUAUUUAAUUAGAGUAAAAACGAGUGAAGAUGCAGAUGAACUUUUCAAACAAAUGGAGACAAACAAAACUGAAGUAAAUUAACAAGGCGUAUUUUUUUUUACAGUGUUAAAAGCUAUUGUAAACUUUUAAAACAUUUUAAGUACACUUGGCUUAGCUAGAUGAGUGCCUUAGGCAAGAGCUUGUCUUAAGUUGCAGAACAGGAUGUAAAUGAAAUUGUUAAUUUUAAAGGGAGUCACAAUGGAGAGCAAAAAUGAAACUUAAGUAUCUUCUCAUUUAUUUUGAGUAACCUACAGUCAAUUUCACUUUCCAGUUUUUUUUAAUCAUCAAUAUUUAGAAAACAUACUAUAAUUAUUGGUGUAAGUACUUAGUGUCUGAGCAAGCUACCAUUUUAUUUAAAAUUUUACUUCUUUGCUGUGCAUUAAUUUGAGCGCAUUUAAAAGUGCCUUUAUUUUGUUUUCAUGUAAGUGAACCUGAUGAAGUUGUUGAAAAGAAUCUUUUAUAGUCCAAGCACAUUUUCAUUAACAUGUUAAUUUCAUCCUCCUUGAAGUAUGUAUUUUAAUUAAGAAUAAACUGAGCAUUUUGAUGA